AUUAGAUCUCACAAUCGUUCUUUUCCUCUUUAUGUUUGUGCUUUGAGCACAUUCCGUACGUACCAGGAAGCAUCAGUCAUUCAUCCCUUUGUGUAGAUCCAGCCAGGCCCAUUUGUUGAUGGCUAGAUGGUGUCAGCGAUGCGUGGAGUCCUGCUGCAGUGUGACGUGCCAACCAAAGAGUUCAUACUGAGCCUGAACGAUAGCAAGCCAACCAACGAGCGCUUUGUUAUCUUGGAUCUGGACGAUACGCGACUCUUCGUGCAACCCACCGUCGUCGAGUGGCUGGAGAAGCGCCUGAAGGAGUUCAACGAGGAGAACACGUACCAGCCUCCCCGCCGCGAGGACAUGCGCUAAGCAGCUCGCCUUUCAAUCAAUUCCAGGGCAAGCCAGAGGAUAGCGUCCCAACUAGAUACAGCGGCCUAAGAGGGCAGAGACAGCCAUGUGUGCAUCCCAGCCAGAGUCUGCAGAGGUGCUGGCUGUUCUGGGCGAGUUCAAGGCAGCGCAGGAGAGGCGAGUGCGCCAGUAUGUGCGCUUCAACGACGCCUUCACAGAGUACCUGCGCUCCAAAGACGAAGGGCCCUUCAGGCAGCUGAUGGUGGAUACGACGCGCGCAUUUGCAGAGGUGAAUGAGAGCGUGCGAGCGGCGGAGGCGCAGCUCAGCGGUGACCUGGCGCGGCCUGAUCUGGCAGCCCACCUGCGCCAGCUGCAGGAGGCCGAGGGGGCAAAGCUCAAAUUCACCCUCGUCCAUCAGGCGUUGAAAAAGGAAGCCAGCAUGGAGAGGUUCAGCUGGCAGCAGGGGCAGGAAGUCGAGCAGCAGAGCAGCUCCCUUGGAGACCCCUCAGAUGAAGAAGGGGCUCAUGCGAAUGGGCAUGGCCACUGCUGCAGUCGGCCACCCGAGCCAACAGAGGAAGAAUUCAAUAAUGCACUCACAGAGGCCACUCUGGAGCUACAGGCUGCUGUCACAAGCAUCAACGAUGCGUUGAUGGAGCUUCAGGAAGCUGAGGAGGAGCUAAGGGAAGAGACGGAGACCUGAGUCUUCUCACGGACCAAUUUAUAAGUAGAUUUAUAACAAUACUACCAGUGGUUAGCUAUGUUAUGUGUCUUUUGCGUGCUAUUCAAGUCUGUUACCACAUCCCUCCUUAUCGAGGAGACAUGUCAGCCUGUACAGCCAUGGCAAGCUCAAUAGCAAGCAAAUCUGCUUGUAAUUACCUGAGCAAC